AUGACAUCCUCGCCCAACCCUCCCGCUCCCACCCCCGCCGUCGUCGAACCCCAGGCCAAACGGCAAAAGGUCUCGCACUCAGGAACCCACCCCCAGCAGCCCUCCAGCCCGGCCAGAACCACGCCCGCCACGCCCACCACCAUGGCGGGGCAGACCCCGAUCUCGCUCCCGCGCGUCCUCACGCACCGCACCUCGAGCCCGCCCGAGCUCAUCACCCAGGGCGCCGAGGGCCUGCUGUACAAGACCUCCUACCUGACGCCCUCGCUGCCCUGCGCCCUCAAGCACCGCCCCUCGAAGCCCUACCGCCACCCCAUCCUCGACGCCCGCCUGACCCGCCAGCGCAUCCUGGCCGAGGCCCGCAUCCUCGCAAAGGCCCGCCGCGAGGCCGUCCCCGUCCCCGCCGUCUACAGCGUCGACGAGGCCGCCGGCUGCAUGAUGAUCGAGUGGGUCCGCGGCCAGCCCGUGCGCGCCCGCGUCAACGCCUGGCUGGCCGACAAGACCGAGGCCGGCGUGCUGGACGGGGCCGGCAACUCGGACCUGGUCGCGCUCAUGAGGCGCGUCGGCGCCGCCGUCGGCGCCCUGCAUGCCGCCGGCAUCGUCCACGGCGACCUGACCACGAGCAACAUGAUGCUGCGGCCGGCGCAGUCGCCCGCUGCCGGCGCGGACGCGGGCCAGGCCGGUGAGGAGGAGGAGGAGGAGGAGGAGGGCCCCAUACUGGACGGCCAGAUCGUCAUCAUCGACUUUGGCCUCGCGAGCCAGAGCACGAGCGAGGAGGACCGCGCCGUCGACCUGUACGUGCUGGAGCGCGCGUUCCUCAGCACCCACCCGCGCACCGAGAAGCUGUUCGGCGAGGUCCUCGCUGGCUACGCGGGGGCCUUCAAGGGGUCAAAGCCCGUGCUGAGGAAGCUGGAGGACGUGCGGAUGCGCGGGCGGAAGCGGAGCAUGCUGGGGUGA